AUGGCCAGGUUGUUGUUCGCCAUGCUUGGGGAUGAUUCCCCUGGAGCCAAUUCGACGUCAAAGACGCCCGGUGUUCUGUUCAUGCUCGGCGUGGUAGCAGCGACGAUAUCGAUCAUGGCUGUAGUCAUCUUUAACUGCGGCAAGAGUCAUAAGAGGAGGCCCAAGCCACAGAACAGCGUUGUGUACUACGACAGCAGCGGCGGUGGUGCAACGAGGGAUAGAAGGGGUUUGGGUGCUGAUGUUGGUGUCGCUGCCGCUGCAGGUGCAGGUGCAGGUUCAGAAUUCGCUGCCACCACCUCCGAUGGUGGGGGAUAUCGUGGCGGUGGCGGUGUUAGUUGGAAAGCUUCCUUACAACCUGUCGUGACUUUAUCUACUACAGAGGCAGAAUAUAUGACGGUGAUAGAGGCGAUUAAAGAAGUUUUAUGGUUAAGAGGUUUGUUCGGCGAAUUAUGUCUGCAUCAAGGUGUUACUACAAUUUACUGUGAUAGUCAAAGUACUAUUCAUUUGACUAAAUACCAGAUGUUUCAUGAGAGGACGAAACACAUCGAUGUGAAGUUUCAUUUUAUUCAGGAUAUCAUUGCUGAGGGAAAGGUCCUUGUUCAUAAAAUUCAUACGAAGGACAAUCCAACUGAUAUUCUUACGAAGCCUCUUUCAGUUUACAAGUUCAACCAGUGCUUGAACUUGAGUUUUGCUUCUCCUUUGUCCGUGGAUGUAAGUCAAUUGACCGAACCCAUAUUCGACUCUAGCUUGGUUAGCAACGCAAGAGUCAUCGGUCUCGAUCUAUUGGGAAAAGGCCUGGAAGGGGUUCUCUCACCGUCCGUGUCUGGUUUGGACAAGCUCAGCUUCCUCAACCUCUCCCUCAAUUCUUUCCGAGGCCCCAUCCCACCCGAGCUGUUCCACCUGAAGCUCUUCGCGGUGAUCGACUUGAGCAACAAUCACUUGUUAGGCGAGAUGCCACCGGGUAUAGGAAACCUCUCAAGCCUGUCCCUAUUGGAUAUCUCCAACAACAGGUUCACCGGGAUGAUCCCUGAUGUCUUUCACGGCUUGACAAAGCUCGAGGUUUUCUCGGCUGAGUCUAUUGGAUUCGUUGGCCGGCUGCCCACUUCCUUGUCCUCGUGCUCGAUGCUUACGUCGCUUGAUCUGUGGAACAAUUCUCUCAACGGUAGCAUCGACCUCGACUUUGGACGAUUACUUCGUCUUACCGUCCUCAACCUUGGAUGGAAUAGAUUGCACGGGCUCAUCCCGGAGAGCCUUUCUUCUUGCAAGGCACUACAGAUCCUGAAUCUGAAUCGCAACAACCUAAGUGGUCUGGUUCCACAGAAGCUUCGCAAUCUUCGUUCCCUUUCCUUCCUGGCCCUCGAGCAAAAUAAUCUCUCCAACAUUUCCAACGCAUUGGCAGUUCUUCAGGGGUGUCACAACUUGACCGUUCAAAAUGAAGAAAUGCCAACUAAUGGAAUCCGAGGAUUUGGAAGCCUACGUGCUCUCAGCAUGGCAAACUGUGGUUUCAGAGGUUCUAUGCCCUUGUGGUUACGAAAAUGCAGAGAACUUCGAGCUAUAAAUCUAGCAUGGAAUCUUUUUAGCGGAGAGAUACCAUCGUGGUUUGAAGGUUUUGAUCAUCUGUUUGUCAUGGACUUGUCGAACAACUCGUUCUACAGGGAGAUCCCAAUUUCCUUGAUGCAAUUGAAGAGUUAG